CCGGCCGGACGGAGAGUCUCCUGUGGACCUGCGCUCCUCCAGUCAUCACCUCCUGCCGGGACCUCCGCCCUCCUCCACCACCAGCACCAUGGAGAGCUCCGGGAUCCUCCGCGGGCUGCUGUUCGUCGUCCUGCUUUCGGUUCUGUGUUACGGCCAAGCGUCCAAUGAAGUGUCCGCGGAGGACUUCGAAGUGGGAAACUCCGAACCGGGCGCAGACAAAGAACUGCUGGAGGCUCUGGAGGCUCUGCUGGGCCGGACGCACGCUGAGAAGAGAGGGAGCAUCCCGACGUGCGGGAUGGGCGACCGCUGCGCCAUGAAGUACGGGCCCCGCAUCGGGAAGCUCUGCGACUGCGGCAGAGGAAUCAACUGCAACUCCUACCUGCUCAAGUGCAUCUGAGCCAGAGGCGUUAUCGCCGAUCGUCCGGGAAUCAUCACUUCUGGGGCCCAGACGCCUGACUCCUGUUCUGUCGGUCAUCACGUAGUUUCAUCGCCACUUGUGAUGCGUAGUUGCCUGAGGAUAAACAUUGAUUUAAUCCCGAUGGUCGUCUGUCAUGUGUGUAAAUGUUUAAUGUUCAAUAAACAAUGUAGAGCCAACAAA